UGAAUAAUUUCGUUGACAAAUUAUUCAAAAAUGAAAUGCCUCACUCCAGAAACUCUGAAUCAGAAGUUACAGAAAUACAACUUGCAAUUGAGGAAAUGGCAUUAAAUUUUGCAGAAAUGGUAAGCAAACAUGAUUCUCGAUUCAAAUGUACGCUUCUACAUGUUGGAAGUGCAUCAGAAGGAACAAAAGUUCGGUACCCUGAUGAAUUUGAUUUUACAUUUUGUCUCGAUAAGAUUAGUGACGUGUCAUACCCUGAAUAUAAAGACCAAGAUACCUUGUCUCAAAUAGCAGUAAGCUUUCCAUAUAGUACUGACGAUGAACCAGAAGAAAGGAUUACGUCGAUAGCUGGAUAUGCAAAUAUGUAUUGUUCAGACAAAAUAACUGCUAAUCUUACGUCCGAAUGGGCUGGUUAUCGGUAUGGAAUAUUAUCCUGCAGUGAAAUGAAUUAUUUAUUUAGCCAGCUACUUACUAAAGUGGUGUUUGCUAAUUCGUUUGCAAAAGACGGACGUUUAGUCAUCAAGGAAAUUACUGUUCACCCUCAAGUUAGGUUGCAGUGGAGGGGUUCCAAAUUCAAGGAUCUUCAGAUCAGCGUUGACAUUGUACCAGCAAUAAGACUACCUUCAUGGCCACCUAAGGUCAAGCAAGAAUCCAUCCUUUUAACAACAGAAAUGUUAAAUUUACCAUCACUCGUAGUUCCCAAAUUGACCAGUGGUGAAAAUGAAGAUCUUUGGCGUUGUUCGAUGGUGCUACAUGAGAUAGCAAUAUUUCGAAAAAUGUUGCCUAAUAUCAGAAACAGUUACAUCACAUCAAAGAUUCUUGUCCACUCACACGUUUGUCCACAGGUCCAUUUUGGUGGAAACGAGGAAAUAAAGAAAUACUAUGGGCGUAUUAAGGGUGUGUCUAUGGAGGAUCUUGAAGCGGUAUGUAUGCAUGAAAGCAUUGAAAGUUUAAUUCCGUCAUACUUAUUAAAAAUGGCAUUUUUCCAGGCUGUCGCAAGGCGUGCUUUGACAAAUGGAUUAAACAGUGUCUACUCUCAACAGAAAACCCAAUCUAGCAAUGAUGAUCAUGCAUCAACAUACGGACCAGCAGAAACGAUGCACCAUAUAGGUCAUUCCUCUGAUGUUGACGUACCUUUGGUUUACGAAUUGUUCAGCAUACUUGAAGAAGGUUUACGUAACAGGUUCAUGCCAUCCUUUUUAAAUCCUAAACAAAACGUGCUGAAUGCUAGACUAUUAUCUGGUGAUACGGAUAAAGUUCAUACAUACGUUAGAUUUAUUCUUAAACUUUUGGAUUAAGUUU